AUGCUGAGCUACUACAAUGCAAAUCGAUUCCAUUAUUUUGUAUUCAUCACAUGGCAAACGUCGAUAUUCCUCGGAACUCAAAUGCUGUUCACCAUUUUCGCUGGCUACACCCCCAAGUGGCGGUGCAACGACAAUGAAGAAUUUACCACGAAUUGUGUAAGCUACGCAAAAUGUGGCGGAAAUGUUACGUUUGAACCGGCCCCGUUUGGGUCUAUAGUAAUGGAGUUUGAGAAAUAUUGCGAUGGCGAAGAAGUCAGUACCUACAAACGCUACUAUUCACAGGCAAUAUUUUUCGGCGUCUUCUUUGGAACUAUUGCAUGGGGUUGGUUGGCCGAUAUUUUUGGACGAAAGCCGAUUGCCAUUACCGUGUUCACAGGAAUUAUUGUGUUGAAUAUUUGCACAGCAUAUCUACAAUCAGCCCAUUCAAUUUUAGGCGUUCGUGCCAUUUUUGGAUUUACGUUAGGAGGAAGUUUGACUGCUGUCUGGAGCUACUGUAAUGAGCUGUUAUUACCGCAUCAAAGGAUCAUGUUGAGAGCGUUUUUCAACUGGGGCUCUGGUCGCAUGAUAUUGACGUUAAUUUGCUUCCUGUUGCCGACUUGGCGAGCUGCUUCGAUUGCGGUGUCCUUAGCCGCCAUUCCUGGACUUUUAGUGAUAAUUUUCGUACUACCAGAGAGCCCGAUUUGGUUGCAUAACAAGGGAAUGCUGAGCCUACUCGCCUCAAAGGAUAUGCUUCAAAAGCUUUUGGUUUUAUGGUUUGUGUGGUGGGUUUCGGCUACCUGCGCAUAUGCUAAUGACCUGCAAUCCAAUUCACUAUCUGGAAAUCUUUAUUUAAACCAAAUGGUCUUUGGUUUUAUUAUUUACAUUUCGAAAUGGGUGAUGGCCUGGGCUGAUCGUACUUACCCUCUGUUUUCCCGGAGAUUGCUUCAUCAAUCCUCGCAAAUGUCGACUUGCAUCGUCUUUUUAGCAAUGUCUAUUUGCGUACUUACCGAAAAUAAGGGCUUAUUUCUGACAGCAUUGAAUAUCAUUGGAUGCGUUCUCAUCGAAUUCACAUGGGACGCUAAUCAAAUGUGUGCUGUCGAGUCUUUCCCUACCGUAUGUCGCGCAUCAGCUGUUGGUUCUUGCUCCUUAGUAGCUCGAAUCGGAGCCCUUAUGGCGCCUCAACUUGCCUUUUACGGCUCAAUCUGGCCGCCCGCCGUGUAUGUCACGGUAUUUGUGCUUGGACUCAUCAAUUUCUUUGUCGCCUAUUUUGGUAUGGCCGAGACAAAGAAUAUUAACUUGGAAGCGCUAGAUCAAGCCGCUGGUAAUAGACCAGUUGAUGACCUUCUACGAAGAGAAAGCUCGGAUUUA